AUGACUCUACAUCCACAACCCUUUAACAAUUCACAACAACCACCAAUGAUGCAUCCACAACAACAACAACCUCCUUUGUAUCAGAGUCAUCCGCAGCAACAACAGCAACAGCAACAACCACACUAUCAACCUCCACCACAAAUUCCCUAUGAUCAAUACAUGCAACGAUCUCAACAACAACAAGUACCGCAACAACCACAACAACAAUAUAUGAUGAUGAAUCCUCAUCCCUAUCAUCAACAACAAUAUCAAAAUUACGGAAAUCCUCAGUUCAUUCCGCAACAACAACAACACUAUCCAUAUCCUCAUCAACAACAACCACAACCACAACAACAACAACAUUGGAAUAUUCCACCCCAACCACAACAACAACCCAUGCAACCCUAUUCAUACUCAUCACCUUCAAUGACCAUGAAUUAUCCAUCUUCCUCACCUACUCAGCCCCAAUCUAUUUCUCCAUAUCCUCAGAAAGGCAACGAGGUAAAUAUGUCCACCAUGAUGGUUCAACAACAGACCACAACUCAGCUACCACAACAACAACCACCUCAAACAGUUUAUAUUCCGCCUCCUCAACAACCACAGGUUCAACAACCUCCUGUCUGUAGCACCACUACCACUACAAUGACCACUUCGUUUGUUCCACUCGUAGAUCAAUCGCUCAUCAAUCUUCAAACAUUGCAACAAUUGGCUACUUCAUGGCUCUCACAACGACAAGCCAUUCUUCUCAUGCUGAGCGAGAUGACUGAAAAAUUGAACAAGCAUGCAAAAUCAACUACGAAAACAAAAAUGGGAGGUACUGUCACUAACAUUGUUGGAGCUUCCUUAAUUGUGGGUGGUAUUAUUACAGCACCGUUGACUUUGGGUGGCUCAUUGCUUGCCACUGGAGCUGGUGCAGCAAUGGUUGGUGGAGGUACAGCAGUGACUGUAGGUGCAGCUGUUUCCGAGUGGCAACACGCCAAAAAGUCCGCUCAAUUAAUUCAGACCGCAUUGGAACAAGAUGCCAAAGCAGUGAAUGAAAUUAUUGCCCUCGUUUUUGAUUAUCGUAUUACAGAUCCAUUGAUUGAACAACGGUUGUUGACUUUUACCAUUCCUCAUAGUAAUGCAACUACAACCGUUCCAGUAUUGCAAUUUGUGAAUGCACUGGUCAAUCUCAAAUACGGAACUAUUAAUCAGAAUGGUCAAUUAACUCAUGGUCAAGCAGGAGCUACAAGUUUGGCAAGCUUAGUCGUGAAGGGUGUCGUUCCUAUUGUGAGUGUACCCAUUGAUCUAUGCUUGUUGGUAUCUGAAUCCAAAAAGUUGCACGGAAAAGAACCUUCUAAAUUGGCCUCACAAGUGACACCAAUUAUCGAUAGCAUGAAGUAUCAAACUAAGAUGGCAACUGGAAUUACAUCUCUUUAA